UGCUUAGCUACUGUGGCUUAUGCCGAUAAAUUGGGCUACAACUAUCGCCCAGUAGGACACUCUGACUCCGGACUCUCCUUUGCACCAGGUGGUUCCUCAGGACUCGGUGGUCUCGGCGGCAGUGGUGGAUUAGGAGGUAUUGGAGGUCUGGGUGGAUUGAGUGGAUUAGGUAGCGGUGGCAGCCUUGGCGGACUAGGAGGAAGUGCUAGCGGUCUGGGAGGUCUUGGCGGUUCAGGUGAUAUCG